UUUAAGCUGUUUGGAAGUUCACGUGACCCACUAAGUGCCGGGCCCCAGCGGUCACGUGAUGGCGCGCGCGCCCUCGCGCAGGGAUAGCCGGCUGGCGCUGUGCGCGCGCCUUUGCCGCUGUCUCCCUGCCCCUCGACGGGAGGGUGAGGAGCGGCGGAGUCAUCGGGCGACUGGGGCCGGGUGCGCUUGCGCAGCGAACAGCUGUCACCCAGUGCGGAACAAGUCUCCCAAAUUUCCCGAAUCUCCCUGGGCCGGAGGCCACCGUUUGCCUUCUCACCUUCCUCUUCUGGGUCGUGUCCUUUCCCCCGCCUGCGCGCCAGAGACUGCCCCAGCCAUCAUGGAGGUGGCCAAGGUGGAGAGUCCGCUCAACCCCAGCUGUAAGAUCAUGACCUUCAGGCCCUGCAUGGAGGAAUUCCGAGAGUUCAACAAAUACCUCGCAUACAUGGAGUCUAAAGGAGCCCAUCGAGCGGGUCUUGCAAAGGUGAUUCCUCCUAAGGAGUGGAAGCCAAGGCAGUGCUAUGAUGACAUUGACAAUUUGCUUAUUCCAGCGCCAAUUCAGCAGAUGGUCACAGGGCAGUCAGGACUGUUUACUCAAUACAACAUCCAGAAAAAAGCCAUGACAGUGAAGGAGUUCAGGCAGCUGGCCAACAGUGGCAAGUAUUGUACUCCGAGAUACUUGGAUUAUGAAGAUUUGGAGCGCAAGUAUUGGAAGAACUUAACCUUCGUGGCACCUAUCUAUGGUGCAGACAUUAAUGGGAGCAUAUAUGAUGAGCAAAAGAAAUUAAGUUUUAACAUCAUGGCAACCUUGGCCUUGCCCAGAAGAAACUGCUGCAGACAUAUUAUUUGCCCAUUAAUGGGGAAAAUUUCAAUAGGUGUGGAUGAAUGGAACAUAGCCCACCUAAACACGGUCUUGGAUGUGGUUGAGGAAGAGUGCGGUAUUUCUAUUGAGGGUGUAAAUACUCCUUAUCUCUAUUUUGGCAUGUGGAAAACCACAUUUGCGUGGCACACAGAGGAUAUGGACCUCUACAGCAUUAAUUAUCUCCACUUUGGAGAGCCCAAGUCUUGGUAUGCAAUACCCCCAGAGCAUGGAAAACGACUGGAGAGAUUAGCUCAAGGUUUUUUCCCAAGCAGUUCUCAAGGGUGUGAUGCAUUUCUUCGCCACAAGAUGACACUGAUAUCUCCCUCAGUAUUGAAGAAAUAUGGUAUUCCCUUUGACAAGAUCACCCAGGAGGCUGGCGAAUUUAUGAUCACUUUCCCAUAUGGCUACCAUGCUGGUUUUAAUCAUGGUUUCAACUGUGCAGAAUCUACAAAUUUUGCUACUGUCAGAUGGAUUGACUAUGGGAAAGUUGCCAAAUUGUGCACCUGCAGGAAAGACAUGGUGAAAAUUUCAAUGGAUAUCUUUGUGAGGAAAUUUCAGCCAGACAGAUACCAGCUUUGGAAACAAGGAAAGGAUAUAUAUACCAUUGAUCACACGAAGCCUACUCCAGAAUCCACCCCUGAAGUAAAAGCAUGGCUGCAGAGGAGGAGGAAAGUAAGAAAAGCAUCCAGGAGCUUCCAGUGCACUAGCUCUCACUCUAAGAGGCCUAAGAAUGAGGAGGAUGAGGAAGUGUCAGCUGCAGUUGAUGGGGCAGAGGGCCCCACUCCUGACCCAGACCCAGAUGAGCUCAAGGACAGUGAAAAGCCAGAAGAAGCAGUGAAACUAGCAAACACAGAAGCACCUUCAGAGGAAGAGGCCUCUGCUAGCAGGAUGCAGCAGGAUCACAAUUUAUCAGAUAAUAUCAGAUUCGCAGGAAACGUCUGCCUAAGCACACCUGUGGCAGAGAAAAUCAAAACUGAGGCUGACCAAACCUGUGGCACAAUUCCGCCUUCAAAUCCCAGUGAUGCUGACGAUUCCAUGUCUAGUGGCCAUGUUAUGUCUAAGGAAUCAGAGCCACCCAAGCUUCCAUGGCCAAAGUCACCUGAGUCGUGCUUCUCUGUGGUGGAGAGUAACAGUGCUUUGACAGAGGGAGAAGAGAGUGAUGUGGAGAGCCAUGGGGUAGGCCUUGAACCUGGGGAAGUCCCAGAGGUCCCCAGUGGAGAGAGAAAUGGCUUCAAAGCCCCCAGUAGCAUAGAAGGAGAAACCAAAACUGCUAAAAGUUGGCGCCAUCCACUUAGUAAACCUCCAGCAAGAUCCCCAAUGACUCUGGUGAAGCAGCAGGCAACGAGUGAUGAAGAGUUGCCUGAGGUUCCAUCGAUUGAGGAGGAAGUGGAAGAAACUGAGUCUUGGGCAAAGCCUCUGGUCCACCUUUGGCAGACAAAGUCCCCAAACUUCGUGGCCGAGCAGGAGUAUAAUGCAGCCAUGGGCAGAAUGGAGCCGCACUGUGCCGUCUGUGCUCUGCUUAUGCCCUACUACAAGCCAGAUAGCAGCAAUGAAGAAAAUGAUUCCAGAUGGGAGACAAAAUUAGAUGAAGUGGUUACUUCAGGAGGAAAGACUAAGCCCCUCAUUCCAGAGAUGUGUUUUAUUUAUAGUGAGGAAAAUAUAGAAUAUUCUCCACCUAACGCCUUCCUGGAAGAGGAUGGAACAAGUCUUCUGAUUUCCUGUGCAAAGUGCCGCGUACGGGUUCAUGCAAGUUGUUAUGGUAUCCCUUCUCAUGAGAUCUGUGAUGGAUGGCUAUGUGCCCGGUGCAAAAGAAAUGCAUGGACAGCAGAGUGCUGUCUCUGCAAUUUGAGAGGGGGUGCUCUUAAGGAAACUAAGAACAAUAAGUGGGCCCAUGUCAUGUGCGCUGUUGCGGUCCCAGAAGUCCGAUUCACUAAUGUUCCAGAAAGGACACAGAUAGAUGUAGGCAGAAUACCUUUACAGAGGUUAAAAUUGUUUAAAAGAGAAAACAAACACUGACACGAGAGAGAGGCAGAAGUCAUCUUCCAUGACUCUUCAGACUGCUGUUUCUACUUGCUUUCAAGAAAUCUCAUGUUUAGCCUUUAUUUUGCCCUUUCUUUCAUUUUACUGUGCUGUUACUUUGUUUAUAAGUGCAUUCUAAUAUGAUGCUCUGAGUGCAAAAACCGUAACACCCAAAAGGGUGAAAAGUUGUGUAAAAAUUGAUACAGAAAGAAGAAAAAAGAAUGAAUACAAUAAACCUUAUAUCACAUUACAUUUUAUGUGCAAACUGCUUUUCAACUAUUGCUGUUUACUUAUAUAAAUUUGUUUUCAUUACUCAAUUGAUACAUAUUCUAUCUGUGAAUAUUGUUUGGGCCUUUAUGAUUAGAACAAAAUGCAUUAGUUUUUUCCAUUAAAACUAAUAAAAAUAUUUUUCACUGGGAAAAAUAAACCACCAAAAAGAAACAAAAACAUUUGCCAGAAUUAGGACUGUAGGGCAGGUUAUAAAGAAAGAUGUUGAGUUCAUGACAUGCUACAACAUUUAAUGCUUAGUGUGACAAAUGCUAACAAAUGUCUUACAUUUUAAUAUUUUUCUGAUGUACAAGUAAUAUAUAUUUGCAAAAAUUCAAACACUACAUUUAACAACCACCUUUGGUUCUCUCUUCUGAAAGAUGAUUUCUAUUAUCAGUUUAAUGCUUCUUGGAAUAGUGGUCAUUGCUCUUGAUGCUUCCCUUUAAGGACCUAUGUGCUGGCUUCUCUUGUCCACGAAUGCUUCCUUAGUGAUCUGCCGUCACUCACACCAGUCUCAAAGGGGUUUUAAGGGAACAGCAGGGAGGGACAGCAUGGAUCAUUUCCGUGCCAGUCAGCAAAUUUUAUUUGCUGUAUUUCAGAAAUGUGAAAUCUGAUGGUUGCAUCUGAAAGUGGUACAAGGUUGCCACCUUGAUUGUGUAUGUUACAUAUUCUUUAUAGAAGGUUUUCCGUCCUUAAACAAUUGGCAACUUUAAAAGAAUAUGUCUUGACUGAAUUUCAGAUCACCUAAACUCUAUUUCAAAUGACAAUGGAGAGCUCUUUAUUGACAUACAGAUAUUCAUGACACAUAUUUGAGUGAAAACAGCAGGCUGUAGAUCAGAUUUUUUUUUUCUGUUUUUAAUAUAAUUUUAUAUGCAUGGCGAGUUUUUUGGAAUGAUGUUUAUCAGAAUGCUCAAAGUGGUUAUCUUAAGUGGGAAAAUACAAGGGAAAACUUAAUUUUGGGAGGGAAAAAAAAAUCACUCAAAAAUUCUAUGAUAGUUUGAAAGGGUACAAUGGCCAGAAAGAAGUGUGGGUGACUUUUUCACUAGAAAUCCUCAAGAAAGCACCAUGACUCUGUUACAUCUCCGGUAGUAUGGCGUCUGUGCCGCAGCCUUGCUCACUGUCUCUUGGUGAUUGGACUCAGGCUGGCUUUGAAUAACAGAAUUUAUAAAUGAUCACUUGUAUGUGGGGUGGGUGGAAUGCACCUUUCCAGGAAAUAGGAUACUCUGCCCUGAACAUAUAAUCAAGUGUUCCUAAUAUCAGCAUUCUUUUGAAGUUUAAUUAAGCUAAUAAGUGCACAUCCAGCUAGAAGUCUGAGCAGUAGUUUUGUGGUAUUUCAUCCAGGCCAAGCUAAGUCUAGAUGGAUUAUUUUACUAUGUCUAUUUAGUGAAUGUAUGUGUAUCUUCUGGUGUCAGUUUCAGUCUUUUUUCUGGAGCUGUAGCCAACUCUUUUCGGGAUGCUAGGUUGUUCACCCAUCUUCUUAUUUACACAGAUAUGAGGGGGGGAAUAUAAGAAUUAGAUGUCAGUGUCAAUGUAUUUCACCAAACAGUUAUUACCUUACCUUGCCAAAUACUUAGUGUACAUUUUUGAGUAAGACAUUGUUCCUGUCUUCUAGCAUCUUAUAGUCUAGACUGGGCUUUCUCAACUUUGGCCCUCUUGACCUUUUAGACAAGUUAAUUGUUUGUUGUGGGUGACUGUCACGUGUAUCAUAGAUUCCAGCAUCCCUGACCAAACAGGCAGUACCAAAAGUUAUAAAUUUCUAGUUAUAAGAUAAGCACUAGGGCUGUAAUGACAACUUCAUGACUAUAGCUGAGACUGCUGUGGGAUAUGUAGGAAAGUUCCCAAGAGAGUAAAUCCUAUGAAUUCUUAUCAGAAGGGUAACUUUUUUCCUUUUUUUAAAAAAAUUUCUUUUUGUUGUUUCUAUAUGAGAAGAUGGAUGUUAGCUGGACAUACAGUGGUAAUCAUUUCACAGUAUGUGUAAAUCAAACCAUCAUGCUCUAUGCCUUAAACUUGUAUAGUGAUGCAUGUCAAUUUUCUCAAUAAAACUGGAUAAAAGUAGCCAAUGCCAGAUAUCCCUUGGGGGUAAAAUCACCCCCAUUUGAGAACCCAGUGGUCUACAGGGAAGACAUAAACAUAAGGAGAAAAUUUUCUUUUUUGUCAUUUUCAGAAAGGGAAUAUCUUGGUUCAA